GCAUUCCAUCAAUCACUGUCUCACACCGCAUUCUGAUCGCACUUUGCAUCUCGGAACCCCAAGGAAGCUAUCGUUGAGGGGCACGUCGAGGGAAUGCUGCGACGAUAUGCUACUAUAGCGUCCAAGCCGCCUUCCCGGCUACGAGCACGAGGGAAGAGCCCUCUUGGGCUUGACCAUUUCAUCCAGCGGCAACGCACAUUAGCAUUAUGGCGGGAGAUUGUGCGAAGCACGGCGAACAUCCCGGACGAGGCCACAAGAAAAGACAUGAGACAGUUUGCAAGGUCGGAAUUCGAGCAGCAUCGCCAUGUCACUGAUCUGUACGGCAAAACUCAGUUCCAAGCUAUGAAAGGUUCUCUUAUCAAUUCUGGAGUUCUCAAUGAAUGAUUCCGCACAAAUCUAACUCCCAUUCUUGUCUACGCUCUGUGUACAUUGCAUCGCUAUGAUUGGUUGGUUUUCCGAGGCUCUAACUAGCGUGCGAUUUCCAUCGCUCCACUCACGC